AUGACCUUGCCAACCCAUUUCACCCUCAACACAGGGGCCAAGAUCCCAGCCAUUGGCCUGGGGACAUGGCAAUCUCAGCCUGGUGAGGUCCGCAAGGCCGUGGCCUAUGCCCUCAAGGAUGGUUACCGCCACAUUGAUGCCGCUUUUGAUGUACUAAGAAUACUCCCAGGAAACGAGAAUGAGGUUGGCCAAGGAAUCAAAGACAGUGGCGUGCCCCGGGAAGAAAUCUUCUUGACUAGCAAACUUUGGAACACGCACCAGCCCAAUGUGAAGGAAGGUCUCCAAAAGAGUCUUGAAGCUCUGGGCGUGGACUAUCUUGACCUCUACCUCAUCCACUGGCCUGUUCGACUAGUUCCGAACGAAUCCCACCCUCUUCUACCAGUCAACCCCGACGGUACUAGAUCGGUCGAUCGGUCAUGGGACCAGAGCGAAACAUGGCGACAGAUGGAGGAGGUUUACAAAUCUGGCAAGGUCAAGGCCAUAGGGCUUGCAAAUUGGUCCAUCUCCUACCUGAAGGAACUUGAGAAAACUUGGACGGUCGUACCAGCCGUCAAUCAAGUCGAGCUACAUCCCUUCCUUCCUCAGCACGAGCUCAAGCAGUAUUGCGAGAAACUAGGAAUUCUGCUUGAAGCGUACUCUCCACUUGGAUCUACAGGUGCCCCUAUUAUGUCAGACCCGGAAAUCCAACAGGUCGCGGACAAAAAUGGUGUGUCAGCUGCCACUGUUCUGAUUAGUUAUCACGUUAAUAAGGGUGUCGUGGUGCUGCCCAAGUCUGUGACAGAGAAGCGUAUCUCCUCCAAUAGACAGGUGAUUACCCUCUCAGAGAGUGAUUUAGCUCUACUGGAUGGUUUGGCUGCUGGUGGGAAGGCCAAGCGAAUCAACACUCCUAAAUGGGGCUUUGACCUCGGGUUUGAUGACUGGUAUGGUCCUGUCAAGUCGCAAUAA